UGCUCAGUGAUUAGGUGCAAGGCCAGGCUCUGUUCUAACUAGAUCAUUGUCUUCUUCAUCGUUAUAUUUUGUUACACAAGAGCACGAUUGCCACUGUCUUGAUUGUGUAGAGCCAGGCCGAUCAGGCGGAGCUAAAGCGAUUGAUUUGGGGUCGGUUUGCGGUAUGCUUUGUUAGUGUCGGUGUUCACGUUCGUUUUGGGGUUUGCCAUUUGUAAUCUUCGAGGUUGGUCUCUGCAGCAGAGUGCAUAGACUGUCUUACUUUCUUCGUCUGCGGUUACCUUACUGCAGGGAUUACUAAGGGGAGCCAGGAACCAUGGCCGACCACGACGAUAAGGAAGUCGUAGCUCUGACUCAGAACGUAGGGGAAGUGACAAUCGAAGAUCGAGGAUCGGAUAAGCCCAAAGAGGAGGAAGACAAGGACAAGGAGGGGGGAGUGAUGGGCUUCAUCAAGGAUGUCGGUCAUGCCAUUGGAGGACUGUUCAGCUGGGGCAGUCCUGACGCUGACAUCUCAGGGUUCGAUAUCCCAGUGUUGAACACGAAGCGCGCCGAAAUUAUCAUAAGCGUGCUAAUCACGAACCCUAACCCAAUUCCUAUUCCCCUUGUUGAUAUGAUUUAUGAAAUUUCGAGUGAUGGCCGGAAGCUCUGCUCUGGCACUAUCCCAGACGCUGGCACCGUCCAUGCCCAUGGAUCCGAGACUGUGAAGAUUCCGCUCAAUCUGAUCUACAAGGAUAUCGUUGACACCUUCGAUGACAUUGAACCUGGCCAAGUUCUUCCUUAUCUUUGCAAGGUUACUCUUUUGGUCGAUGUUCCCGUUAUCGGAAGGAUCACUAUUCCGUUGGAAAAGAAGGGAGAAAUUCCCAUUCCUCACAAGCCAGAUGUUGAUUUGGAGAAGAUUGACUGGGACCAUCUUUCGCUCGAAGAAACUUCCGCCACUUUGCAUCUGACUUUCAAGAACAUGAACAAGUUCGACGUUGGUAUCAAUUCCUUCGAGUAUGACCUGCAGCUUGGUGAUGUUUCCAUCGGAAAGGCUACACUGAAGGAGGCAACUUCAGUGAAGGGAGAGGACAUUGGAAUUUUGCAGGUGCCUGUCUCCUUCCGACCCAAAGACUUCGGCGGAGCUCUGUGGGAUAUCCUCAGAGGGAGAGGCACCGGGUACACCAUGGUGGGAUCCGUCGAGGUCGACACACCUUUUGGGCCCAUGCACCUGCCCUUCAGUAAGACUAGCGAAACCACAUUGAAGGGCAAAGAGGACGAUGAGGAAUGAAGGAUGAGGGUUUGAAUAUCUCAGUCCCUCCUGCCCACCAACCUCCUCCAAGGCCAGGGCAGCCAGAUUGAUUCAUUCACCUGACGCAUCCAACAUCUAGGUGUUCAUGAGAUGCCAAGUCAGUGAAGCAGCGAAUUGGAUAUGUUGGAAGGAUUGUAGGGACGACUUUCACCAAUCUUCUGCCAUAAAUCUCUGUACUCGUUGUUAUAUCUAUGUAACAUCGUCUAUUACUAAAUGACACAAACUCACACAGCAUGACAAACAAUCCCAUUCAUGUUUCCUUGUAGAAACCGACUACUAUGGGUACUGACUUCAUGACGCGAUGAUCCUUCACUAUGACAUGUCCUCGGCCUGUCGAAGGCACAGUGACUUCUGUAGUAUGUAUGCAUAUACAGCUUGAAUUGGUAGCAGCCACACGAGACCUUUUUAGAUCUUGUGGUGAUGGUUUGGGGACUGAAGCAGCAACCGAGUCCUAGAACGCUGCCGAUUAGGUUUAUGUGAGUGCAAUUGCUGUGAUUGCUCAUGGUCGGGUGAGGCCUCCUCCUCAGGCUCCUCGACACCGUGAAAUCGCCGAUUUGGAAUGGCUCAGGGUGAAAUAGGCCAGGCUUUACGAUUGCUACUGUCACGAUGCCCUUAGAUUAGAUGAUUUUGCUUGAGGGAAUAAUUUAAUAACCACCGCGAAGUCCUUCUCUUUGCAGCUUCUUGUGGUUGCAAUUCCUUUCCCA